CGUGUAAGCGAAGUUGUCGAAAAUCUUUGGCUAGAACUUGAAGAGAAGAAGCGCCAGUUAGAUUCUGAUAUUUCCUCUUUGGAUAUUUCUCGAUGGGAUGGCAGUUUUGGCAGUUCAGAUUCAAAUUGGUCAGCUCAUGCAGGACAAAGUAGUAACCUUUGGAUGAAUGCUCAACAAAUAACUUCACAAGGGAUACUUGGCAAGAAACAGCUAAGGAGACGGCCUAACGAAGUAGGUAACUGUUCAGUAAACGUUUCUUCAGUCGCAGCUGAGAGCAGCGUCAGUGCUUCUGUUUUCUCUGAAAAGAAGGGUAGGAAAAGAUCUCCGGGUGCUGCACAUAUUUGUCCGCUUAUAACACAAUCUCUCUUAUCUGCCCAAUCAAUUGCUGAAGACGUGGAAAAUUGGUCUUCUUCAAAGAGUUCUGUCAUCAAUGGCGCGUCACCGUUAAUUGGUACAGAAUUAGCCACUUGUAAUAAUUUGGACAAUUUCGAUGAACAAAGAUUAGGGUCAACAGAAAUGAGAAAUGUGCUAGGGUCUGAUGCAACGACAAAUGCAGAUGAAAUACAACAUAGGCGACUAGAUCAUGAGAACUCCCGGUUAAAGAGGCAUCCUCGAAAAGUUGUCUUAGAAUUUGGGAAACUCAGUCUAGAUGGGAAAACUUAUCAUCGAGGGCAAAACGUUUUCAUAAAAUCAUCAAAUACCGGUUGGAAGUCAAUGCAAGCUUUAGUUAUGCAAGUUAAUGAGUUGACUGUACAAUUUCGUUCGAGUAUUCCUGGUGAUACUAGAACUGUGACCGCGACUAAGGAGGAUCUUGAGAGCGGAAGAGUGCUUGUCAAAAAACGAUAUUGA